AUGACCCCAAAAUCUCACGCCGCGUGGCUCCCAUCGAACAUUCAUCUCAUUUCCCCAGGAAGCCAUAUCCCGUGCCUGCCAGCACUGGUUCCAUCUCCGGUCUCCCGCCUGCCAAGCCUACCCCGAAGCCUUUCACUCGCAUCUCGACGGCCUGCUUCCGUUAGUCCUGAGCGGAAGUUGACCGAGCCUCGUCCCCAGAUUGUCGGUCUGUCCCACCAUGACUCUCAGGACCGGGUCUUGGGGGUGACACGAAGAGGCUCGAUCCCCGGAUUGUCCCCCGCAGCCAAGGCGCUCCGUCCCACAACAAACCCAGCGCGUUUUCGGAUCUUUGUUGCUUUCCAACUCGCCAAGCUGUCCAGCAUGUCAAGCGGUGAUAAGCUCGUCGCGACAAGUCGGAUGCCAACGUGGGAUGUCUCCCUGGUGGAUAUCGUUCCCUGCGCGAUCCAUUGGCUGCUCUCUCCCCGAUUCCCCCGCAUGAUCACAUUUGUCGUAGUGAAUUCCCUCCCCGGCUGGUUUGUCCUACCUCACCAUGAAUAG